GAGAAAAUCAUAGGAAAUCAGUUUCCCUGUCUUUGUUUAUUUCUCUAGCCCAACGACAAGGAGGUAGGGAGAGAGAGAGAGAGAGAGAGAGGGAGGGAGAGAGAGAGAGAGAGCGCGAGAGUGAGAGGCUGUCGAAGAAGAUCUUGUCAGAUCGGACCGGAAAGUGUAAGCAAAUCUCUCUCACACUUCUUGCUAAUUUGAGUGUAAUGGGAAGGGACCUUACAGAUCUACACAUGGAAAAGAAGCCAAAUGGUGUGGUGGUGGCUUCAAAUGGAGUUUCUCAUGAUAAAGUUCAUUUUGCUCCAGAAACUUCAGAAGAUAGUGUUGAAGCAAAGGACUAUGAGGUGAAGGAAUGUACCGAAGAAAACUCAGUUGCUGACCAAUACCAUGAGAACCAAGAAGUAUUAGGUGUUAAAAGCACAAAUCUUGAUCCCGGUGUGCCUGAGGGGAAAUCUGAGAGACCUGGGGCUUCUAAACCCAGUGACAAUAUGAAGUUGAGCCCGCAUGCAUCAAGAUCUGCUGCUCUAGGGAACGGGCGUAUCUACACUAUUCCACAGCCAUUUUCACUGGCAACUGAAAGGCGUGGUGUAUGCACACAUACAGUUGGGUCUGAAAGUCCUGUUAAUGGUGUGACCUAUUCACCGAAAGCCAACAAUGCGCAUUUCCCUCAAACUACAAAGAAUUCACAGGUUGUGGCUGGCAAACUCAAAGAUGGACACGUUAGAAUUUGCUUAUGUCUUUUCCAUCAUGCGCCAAACUCACCUCUGUCCCUAAGGAAGCCCUUGCAAUCUUAUAUCAGCAAGCAUCAUGAUGAAGAAGAUAGUUGUUCUGUCGCUUCUUCUACUGCUGCAUCUGUGCGAACAAUUAAAUCUAGGGUAACUAUUGGAACAGCUCCAUCAUUUAGAAGUGCUGAUCGUGCAGAGAAACGAAGGGAGUUUUACUCAAAGUUAGAGGUGAAACACCAAGCUAUGGAGGCAGAGAGAGAUGCGUAUGUGGCAAGGACUAAGGAAGAGCAAGAAGCAGCCAUCAAGCAACUUAGAAAGGGCCUGGUGAUCAAGGCAAAACCGGUACCUAGUUUCUACUAUGAAGGCCCUCCACGGAAGGUUGAACUCAAGAAGUUACCAUUGACACGGCCUAAAUCACCGAAACUAACACGGAGAAGGAGCUAUGGUGAUGCAACAAACUCUACAGAUGAAAAGGGAGGAGUUUGCAGCCGAGCACACCGCCACAGCCUUGGUAGUCAAAAUGAGCAGCCUGCUACACAGAGCACUCCCAAAGGUAAAUCCCGCCAUAGCCUUGGUUGUCACGAGGAACUUGCUACCCUGAACAGUUCCCUAAGUGAUGGUCAGAUCAGUGGAACUAAGACAAAUGGAAUUUCUUGCAAAGUCAAACACCAUCCUGGGCAGGAAAAGGAGACAACAAAAACAGUUCUUCCUAAAAUCAACGAGCAGACGAAUGCAGACAUUGUCGUUUGUUAGUGUACUUUGAGUCCUUCCUUUUUGUCUAAUUUCUAAGCGGGGGGAGAAAUUCUUCAUUUUUCUAUGUUAGCUUAUGGUUGUACUGAAGAGAAACUGCCUGUUUUCUUUCCAUGAGGAAUGACUUGUGUUUAAGUGGAUUGCAUUCAUGUGAAAUUGUAUAUGCUUUGUUAGCUUUAUUGGUACAUGUCAUGUUAUAUAUUGAAGAGUCAUCCAAUAUUCUCUGGAUUGUGACGAA